AGACGUUUAUAUGUCCCUCCAAUGGAAAGUGUAUAAUGACUCCAAUGACCAGAAAGUAUUGCUCCAAAUGUCGGAUUGAAAAAUGUUUUGCCAUCGGAAUGAGAAAAGAAUUGCUGAAAGUCUAUGAGAGUAUAGACAGGGAUAGGGAUGAAGUGGUUCUCGAGACUGAAACUCGUGAAGACUUGACACAAAUGAACGAAAAUAUAAAUUCUUGCGAAUCGUUGCCCACAACUGACUCAACAAAUGAGACACAACUUAGUGAUGAAAAUUAUGGCCAAGAAAUCGACGAUUUAUUAGAUAUGGCUAUCAAUGCAAAUACUGAACAACUAAUUGGAUGGUACCCGAUUAUGACAACCAGGCCGGAGAGGACGGGUAGGUUUGACAGAUACAGACAGAACAGAGACAAGACUCGAAGUGAUACCUCUCUUAAGAUACCAAAGAGAGACAGAUCUGAAGAAAGAGAUAGAAGUGUUGACAAGAGAGCCGUUCAUUGCAAUAGUCAGAGACAUGCAGACGAAGAGCUGCUCACGGAUUGGGAAACCAGUUGUCGUGUGGAAGACAUACCACAGAGUGUCGGCUCUUCUCGAGAC